AUGUCAGUUCCAACGGAAACCGCAGAGCGCCAAGAAGAUGCCUACUUCUCCUCGCAACCGCCCCCUAAGAACCUCGAGUCCCACGUCUCCGCCGCCCGCUCCUUUAUAGACCACCACGCAGCCUCCUCGCGGCGCAUCGUCCUCGUCACCUCGGGCGGCACGACCGUGCCGCUCGAGAAGCAGACGGUCCGCUUCAUCGACAACUUCUCCGCAGGAACCCGCGGCGCCACCUCGGCCGAGUACUUCCUCGAGGCUGGCUACGCCGUCAUAUUCCUGCACCGCCAAUUCUCCCUGCAGCCCUAUUCGCGCCACUACUCCCACGCCACCGACUGCUUCCUCGACUUUUUGGCCGAGGGCGACGACGGCACCGUCGUCGCGAACCCGGACCACCAGGAGCGCAUGCGCGCCGUGCUGCGCAAAUAUACGGCCGUGAAGCGCAACAACAUGCUGCUGAUGCUGCCGUUCACGACAAUCACCGACUACCUCUUCGAGCUGCGCGCAAUCGCCGGGCUGCUGAGACCCCUGGGCCCCUCGGCACUGCUCUACCUCGCCGCCGCUGUCUCGGAUUUCUUCCUUCCCCAGGGCCGCAUGGCCGAGCAUAAGAUCCAGUCCACCAAUGCCACAGACUCAUUCGGCUCAGGUGCCGCAGCAGCCCCCGUCAAGGGCAACGGCAACGGCGCCAACCCAGAAGACGAAGAGACUUUCGACAACUUCGACUCUUCCCCCAAGGUCCCCCGCUCCAAGCGCCUGAUAGUUGACCUCGACCCUGUGCCCAAGUUCCUCCAGAACCUCGUCGACGGCUGGGCGCCGCAGGGCAUGGUCGUCAGCUUCAAGCUCGAGACGGACCCGGCCAUCCUCGUGCACAAGGCAAAGUACUCGCUCGAGCGGUACCAGCAUCACCUUGUCAUUGGCAACCUGCUGUCCACGCGCAAGUGGGAGGUCGUAUUCGUUGCGCCGGGCCAGGCCGACCGGUGGGUCCGAGUGCCGAGCGCGCUGCGCAAGAACCCCGCUGGCGACGGGUCCGAGACGUGGGAGGACAGGCCGCUUGAUCCGAGCGCGCUGCCCGAAGGUGAUCCUGAGAUGGACAUCGAGAGCUUGAUCAUCCCCGCCGUGCAGGAUCUGCAUUCGCAGCACAUUCAGUCGCUGCAGAAGUAA